CGCAAAGCGGCUGCACAGCGCAAUGGCAGUGGAGCCGCCCUUAGCGGAUCUCAGACGAUGGUUCAUAACGUGCGCUUGGAGGAGAUAAUAGAGGGAAUCUGUGUAGCCAUGCAUAUGCUUUCGAGGGAACCCGGCACUCGCCUUCAUCUUUCGAGAUUCAGGAGCAGAAAGUCUGGUAGUUGUAUUGUCAUUGCUGAUUCAACCGCUUACACUGUUCAAUCCCAUUUGAAACGCUCCUGA